UCUGGAUGCCCAUGCGUGCCACACACACGGCGUGAUGCAAUGACCCAGAGCAUCUUGGGAUAUGAGGCAUAUUUUUGGUGAACGACAUUGACAGUAGAGGUGUGAGCUGAUGGGAGACACUAUGUCCAGCCCUACAGGCACCGUGAAGGCAGAGGGCAUCAUGGUGCCACCAAAGGGCUGUCCGAUGCAUCAAGAUGUUAUUAAAAGUGCCCCUCCGCCAGAAUGUCCAAUGCAUCAGGUGUCUGCUCCUGCUAGCGAUCAGCUAGAGAAAGCACCCGAUGUACCAACACAUCAGGCCAGGGCUUAUGAAUUUGUAGAGUGCCCUAUGAGAGCUGCUGACGGGGCUAAACCCACAUUGUCUGACAUUAAUCCAGCAAACAUGAUGCCACCACCUAACCAGCAACCUACACCUGGUCAACCGUUCCCCCUGUCUGUUAAAAGAGAGGAAUCUACCAUCCCUCGUGGUGGAUCUGAGCAGAACUGGGUUUAUCCCUCAGAGCAGAUGUUCUGGAAUGCCAUGCUGAGAAAAGGGUGGCGCUGGAACAAAGAUGAUAUCAAAGAAAAAGAUAUGACAAACAUCAUCAGGAUUCACAACCAGAAUAAUGAGCAAGCCUGGCAGGAAAUCCUGAGAUGGGAAAAGCUCCAUUCCAAAGAAUGCCCAUGUGGACCUUCUCUUCUAAGGUUUGGUGGCAAAGCAAAAGACUUUUCACCCAGAGCCAGAUUUCGCCACUGGAUGGGGCAUGAGCUACCGUUUGACAGGCAUGACUGGAUUAUUGACCGGUGUGGAAAAGAUGUCAGAUAUGUGAUAGACUACUACGAUGGAGGCCAGGUGUCUAAGCAUACUAUCCUUGACGUGCGUCCUGCCUUCGAUUCCUUAGGAGCUGUUUGGGACCGUAUGAAAGUGGCCUGGUGGCGUUGGACCGCCACAUGAAUAUUCUCCACACUGA